CUUCCUGAUGUCAAACAAAUGGAUGAAAUUAGCUUCAGUGAGUAUGCUGAAUCUCCAAAUGUGGAAAAGGAAGUGAAGAGAUUGCUGUGCUCAGAUGCUGAAGCCAUCAGUGUCCGCUGGGAAGUCAUUGCUGAUGAUGAAACCAAGGAAAUAGAAAGUCAAGGGUUCAUCUCAGGCAUGCCAGGAACCCCACAAAUGAGUGGUCCUAGCUCAUCAGACUAUGAUAUGCUGCGAGAGAUGUUUGGUGAUUCUGGCAGUAACAGCAAUGAUGUGGAAGAAAAGGAUGGUAAAAUUGAAGAUGAGGAUGAGGAUGAUCAUGAGGCGAGUGAUGGUGAUGAUGAGGAUGAGGAUGAUGAAGAUGAUAAAGAGGAUGAGGAACAAAAGGAGAUGGACAAGUCUGAAGCAGCCUUAGAAAGGGAGCUGCAAGCCAAAUUCAAUCAACCUGGCUUCUACGAAUCAGACAAAGAUCACAGUUCAACAAUCACAGACAUUCAGAAAUUGAUUCAUUACAAAGAAAAAAAGCUCCAGCAGAUUUAUAAAAAAGCACAACGUCAGAAAGAGCUCCUUCGGAAUGUGGAAAACUUGACCCUUAAGAGGCAUUUCCAGUAUGUUUUGGGGCAGCUUAAUGUAUUGGAAAAACAAAAGCGUGAGGAGAUUUAUCACCUACAGGAACAACUGAAAUAUUUUCUGAAGGAGUAAGGAAGCCCUCAGUGUAGCA